UUUGACCGUAAAGCUUGUUCAGUGGACGACAGGUUCCUGGAAUGUCAUCAUGAAGCAUCAGGAAAACCGAUUGCAGACGAAUCUUAUUAUUGUUUUGAGGCUUUUAUAGCUGAAGAACAUCUUUACCAGCUUCAUCACUUCCAUCCUGCACUGCCUCGUGCCACAGCCAUGUUUCUGAGGAGAUCCAGCAACUUGUCUCUUCUCUUCGUCUGCCUGACGACUGUGAUCCCCAUGGCGAGCUCGCUCUCCUUCAACUUCUCCGGUUUCGACAACGAGACGACGUCAAAGAUCGAGUUCCAAGGCGACGCAUCGUUGCUGGACAAGGAGGUCCAUCUCACGAGCUCCCCCAUGCAAUACAGCGUCGGCAGAGCAGUGUACCGGGAGCCGCUCCGCCUCUGGGAUGCCACCACGAGGGAGCUGGCUGAUUUCACCACCCACUUCUCCUUCGUCAUCAACUCCUCCGAUCCCUUAACCCCCCACGGCGACGGCCUCGCUUUCUUCCUCACCGCGUAUCCUUCCACCCUGCCUGCCUACUCCCGGGGCGCCUUCCUCGGCCUCUUCAGCAACAGCUCUGUCGAUAGCUCGAGGGUCAGCACGGUGGCGGUCGAGUUCGACACCUUUCCCAACGGGUGGGAUCCGCUCGCCGACCAUGUCGGAAUCGAUAUUGACUCGAUCACCUCAAGCGCCGCUGUGCAGUGGAACAGCAGCCUCAAGGAUGGCAGGCGGGCAAGCGCAUGGGCGAGCUACGAUGCCGCCACUCACAACUUGAGCGUUUUCCUGAGUUACGAAAGGAAUCCGGCCUUCAGCGGCAAUUCCAGUCUGCACUUCAUCGUGGAUCUGCGAGAUGUGCUGCCGGAGAUGGUGGCGAUCGGCUUCUCGGCGUCCACAGGCAACUUGACGGAGACGCACAGCCUGCUGUCGUGGUCUUUCAACUCCACCUUGCAACCGAGGAAGCAAACCAAGGCUGGGCUCGAGAUCGGCUUGGGUGUCGGAGUUGGCGUCCUGGUGGCGGUCUCAGGUUUGAUAUGGUUCGUCUUCUCCAAGAAGAAGGCCUCGAGUACGAAUCUGAAAGAAGCAGAGGACAUAGACUGCGAUGAGAUCAUCGACGAUGAGUUCGAGAGAGAAAGAGGGCCGAAGAGGUUCCCCUACGAAGAGCUGGCCAGCGCUGCGAGGAACUUCUCCAAGGAGGGGAAGCUGGGGGAGGGAGGAUUCGGAUCGGUGUACAAAGGCUACUUGAAAGAUCCGAAGCUCGACGUCGCCAUUAAAAGGGUCUCCAGGGGGUCGAAACAGGGGAGGAAGGAGUACGUCUCGGAGGUCAAGAUCAUAAGCCGGUUGAGGCAUCGCAACCUGGUGCAGUUGGUGGGCUGGUGCCAUGAUCGCCGAGAAUUCCUGCUGGUUUACGAGUUGAUGCCCAAUGGAAGCCUUGAUUCUUAUCUCUACACCACGAAGAAGACCCUCCAGUGGCCGGUGCGGCACAAGAUCGCACUCGGCUUGGCCUCUGCUCUGCUCUAUCUCCACGAGGAGUGGGAGCAGUGCGUGGUGCAUCGCGACAUCAAGCCCAGCAACGUCAUGCUCGAUUCCGCCUUCAAUGCCAAGCUGGGGGACUUCGGGCUCGCCAGGCUCGUCGACCAUGACAGCCACUCGCAGACGACGGUGUUGGCCGGCACCAUGGGCUACCUGGCCCCCGAGUGCGUUACCACCGGCAAGGCCAGCAAGGAGUCCGAUGUCUACAGCUUCGGGAUCGUGGCGUUGGAGAUCGCUUGUGGGAGAAGGCCGGUGGAGCCUAUGGAGCAGAAGGGGAAGGUGAGGCUGGUGGAGUGGGUGUGGGAGCUCUACGGGUGGGGAAGGGUUCUUGAAGCAGCCGACGGAAAGCUCGACGGCGAGUUCGACGAGAAGCAGAUGGCGUGCCUGAUGGUAGUGGGGCUGUGGUGUGCUCAUCCAGACUGCACCAUGCGGCCAUCGAUCAGGCAAGCCAUCAACGUGCUCAACUUCGAGACUCCAUGGCCGGAGCUCCCGCCGAAGAUGCCAGUGCCGAUGUACUGCACGGCGGCGGCGGACGUGGCGAGCUUUAACCACACGUCUGAUGGUACCAAUUCGUCCCAAGUCAACUCUCGUGCUACAUAUUCUUCCGACUCCACUACGAUGAUCGACAUGUGACCAAUACGAAUGCCUCUGCCUUCUCCUCUCAAGAACAACACUCCAAUUAGACAUUUAGCUUCAUGUUUUUGUUUUCUGCUUUCUUCAUACUUAUUAAUGUAUAUAUAUCAAUGUUUCCAUC